AUGCUGACAUCAAUUCAAGUUUAUUGCACGACGUCCGGCAUCAAGGUGACCCGGACCAUCACGGCAGCCCCUAGCUCGCCGGAAGCACACGACGAGGCGCGAAUACCAGGAGACACCGAGACCGAUGAUAGCUGGAGAUCGGAUGAUGUGCCCGCGCAUCGUCAGACCGACGUGUACCUCAUCCAUGAAGUAUGUUGGCACCGUCUACUGGAGCAUUUCGGCCCCGACGAAUUACACCUAGGAAGUCUUUUCGAGGCAUUGGAGCUGUCACCGUAUACGCCGGGGCAUUCUCACUACGCAUUUACGCCAGAUUCCCACCCCUCCUUCUGGUCGACUUUGCAAGAUCAAGAGAUUCGGCGUGAGGGCCGGUUCGGACUGCCCGCGCUGGAAGAGCUCAUGCGCUUCCCGACAGACCCCCCUCGGCCUGCUCCGUAUAUCACAAAACGGCGGCGCAUUUUCUCCAGCCGCGCGUUUUGGAAAACGAGAUUUGAGAUCAAUGGAGAACGGGGAUUCCUGCUGCCCGUCCUCCGCAACUACUUUGAGAGGAAACGGAAGAGGAGGGGGCAGGAAGAGGAGGGGGAGAUCGACUGGAGGCUGCUCUACCACUGCACCUGUAAGCUGGGUUGUGGUUGGGGGUUUCGCCUGGAGAUUGGGACGUGGGAGGCGCUGCGCUGGGUUCGCGACACAGCUUUGGCGCUGCGUUCCGAGCGGCCUCGCCCACUCGACUUCCGCGGCAUGGGCCUCCAUCACUAUGAUAAUACCCUCGUGCGGGGUACGUACCGGGAGGUUGUCGAAAUCCACGCUCCGGUAUGCCAGGUUGCGGUCUCCGUGUUGCAGGAGACCGCCGGGCCUUCCGUUACUGGACUGGAGUUCUUUUUCAAGGAUGGAUCCAGAGCCAUGCUGGGCUACUCCUGUCCUGAAGCAAGGGAGAUCCAUGGGGAGACGCAGUGGAAACAGGUGGGCAUGCCUAAUCCGUACUUUUAUCCCGGGGUUCGUGUAACCAUCGACAUCGAAAGUUUCCAUGGAUUUUCCGUACGCAACCAUGUAGCUGGUGGUGUGGCCGGCGUUCUAAUCUUGCCCGGGAUGGGCUACAGUGUAGGCUAUUUGGAUACCGUAGAGCGCUUCUCAGUGGGCGAUUAUAACUUAUCGCCCCAGCCAUACUACCCUGCCUACAGCUGUCUUGAUGAAGUAUACCAAGUCACUGCCGUUUCCGAUGUAUGUCCUAUUCUUGCCUUUGUUGGUGCUCUAUGA